AUAAUAAGGAGGAGCUCUAUCUCUCUCCCUCCAUUAAUUUAUGAAAUUUUCUCUAGAGAAUUGUUCCUCAAGUAAAGAAAGAGCUCCAGCUCUUUAACUUUUUCCAAAUCUCUCUCUCUCUAACUCUCUCUCUCUCUCCCUAACUUUUGCUCCUAUCAGCUGAAAUAGAGAAGCCUUAUCGCGUAAUUCCUCCAAGAAAACGAAGCCCUCUCUCUGAGCUUUUAUCUCCUAAAAAGGAAAGACCACGCGCUCUCUCUCUCUCUCUAGGACCGGGUUCCCAUUGUCUAGCGCCAUUUUCUCCCGUUGCCUGGUCUGUAGAGAGAGAGUGUGUGUACAUGGCGGUUAGAGAGAGAAAGUAGGCAAUGCAAACAGUGAUUGCUCCCUUCAGAUCUGCAUAUGGGGGGAGCUCUAGUGGACGCCCUUCGCCGAUGGUUACAACGCCGCUCUAAUAGCAAUCAUAGCGCCAUUUCAUCUGAUCAAAAUAGGCGUAAAGGUCAAGAGAGAGAAAGGGAAAAAGUACAGAGAGAAAGAGAAAAGGUUGAGAGAGAGGGAGUGGGAGAGGAGGGAGAAGGGUCCGAUUCUUAUUCGCCUGAGUUGAAGUUUGAGGAGAGCUGCGGCUUGAAGCUCGUCAGAGUUCCCAAGAGGGUGGAAAUAGCCAUGGUUGAGCCCCAUAAAAAGAACAUGUUGGACUCUGAAUUCUUCACUGAAUAUGGUGAGGCUAGUCAAUACCAAAUACAAGAGGUGAUUGGAAAGGGAAGCUAUGGGGUGGUGGCUUCAGCCAUUGACACACAUACUGGGGAGAGGGUAGCAAUCAAGAAGAUCAAUGACGUUUUUGAGCAUGUGUCUGAUGCCACUCGUAUUUUACGAGAAAUCAAGCUCCUUCGGUUGCUUCGCCAUCCAGACCUUGUGGAAAUAAAGCACAUAAUGCUUCCUCCAUCUCGGAGAGAAUUCAAGGACAUAUAUGUUGUGUUCGAGUUGAUGGAAUCUGACCUUCACCAAGUCAUCAAAGCAAAUGAUGAUCUCACCCCUGAACAUUAUCAGUUUUUCUUGUACCAGCUUCUUCGAGCUCUGAAAUAUAUCCAUACAGCAAAUGUAUUCCAUCGAGAUUUGAAGCCCAAAAAUAUUCUUGCUAAUGCAGACUGCAAAUUAAAGAUAUGUGAUUUUGGCCUUGCUCGUGUCUCUUUUAAUGAUGCUCCAUCAGCUAUUUUCUGGACUGAUUAUGUGGCAACAAGGUGGUACAGGGCCCCUGAGCUCUGUGGUUCUUUUUUCUCCAAAUACACUCCUGCCAUUGAUAUAUGGAGCAUAGGAUGCAUAUUUGCGGAAAUGCUUACAGGGAAGCCUUUGUUUCCUGGUAAAAAUGUGGUGCAUCAGUUGGAUCUCAUGACUGACGUGCUUGGCACUCCUUCCCUCGAAUCAAUUGCUAGGAUUAGGAAUGAAAAAGCCAGAAGAUAUCUUAGUAGCAUGAGGAAAAAACCCCCGGUUCCCUUAACACAAAAGUUCCCUGGUGUUGACCCCUUGGCGCUGCGUUUACUUGAACGAUUACUUGCUUUCGAUCCUAAAGAUCGGCCUUCAGCUGAAGAGGCACUGGCUGACCCAUAUUUUCAUGGUCUGGCGAAUGUGGAGCGUGAGCCUUCGACACAACCCAUUUCUAAACUAGAAUUUGAAUUUGAAAGACGAAAAUUGACAAAGGAUGAUGUGAGAGAAUUGAUUUAUAGGGAGAUUUUAGAGUAUCAUCCACAGAUGCUCCAAGAGUAUCUACGAGGUUCCGACCAGACUGGCUUCAUGUACCCAAGUGGAGUGGAUCGAUUCAAGAGGCAGUUUGCUCAUCUUGAGGAGCACUAUGGUAAGGGUGAAAGGAGCACUCCUCUCCAGAGGCAGCACGCUUCUUUGCCGAGGGAACGCAUUUGUGCACCUCGAGAUGAUGCUAUGAAUCAAAACAAUGGCCAUGAGAAGGAAGAGGCUGGUUCUGUUGCACGGCCAAUUCUUAACAGUCCCCCAGGUCCUGGUCCAGAAGGGGGGGUUGAAAUUUCUCAGAACAAGGUGGGACCACCUCAAAAUGGAGUAACUGUCUCAAAUUACAGUGUGCGAAGCUUGUUGAAAAGUGCAAGUAUCAGUGGUUCUAAGUGUGUAACUGUAAAAGACAGAAAGGAUUCAGAGGAAGAUACAAUUCCCGAACAUUCUGAUGAAGGGGUUGAUGGGUUAACGGAUAAGCUUGCAGGGCUUUACGCAGGUGUAGCUCAUCCUUGACAAUGCGGGAGUUGUUGCAGUACACUCACUCGCCCUGUUUUGAGAGUUGAGCUACAUCUCCAUUGAAGAUUUAGAAGCUUCAGUUAUCAAGGGCGUCGCAGCACUGUAACCGGAAAAUGUAUUCAGUUUACAAACCAAGGGUCCCAUCGUUUUUACUUCUGGUGCCCAUCUCAUACAGAUUGAUGAUUCCAAGACUGGAGAUUCUCAGUUAUAUUUUCACAUGCCUUUAUAUCUUAACAGGUGACCUUCUCAAUGUUGUAUCAGUAGCUUGUUGCAUCGGCAGUAUUGAGCUUUUUGUGAGGGUUUUGAUGCUAAAUUAUGGAUCAGUUAUGGGUUCUUAAAUGGGCCUGAAAUUGGGCAAACUUGCCUUAAGUGGUUCGUACUGGUUUUUGACUCCGAACCAUCUACUGGUUUUUGACUCCGAACCAUCUCUAAGGUUCAAACUUUUGAUUCAUCACUACCCCAUUAUGUUUAUGUAAUUUGGUCCUUACGUUGUAAAGAUAAUUUGUAUGGGGACGGUUUAGAUUCUUCAGCGGUAAAACUCUCUCUCUGUGGGGAGACCUUAAAUUCUUUAGUGGCAAAUAUCUCUCAAC